AUUAACAAUUUAUAUUAUCAUAAAUUAUUGUUUAUGUUCUUAAAAUAUUUAAAUCAAACAAUGUAUUAUUUAUUUAUGACAAAAAUUUCAUCAAAAAUAUUUAUAAAUAAUUUAUGCCUACAUAUAAUUAUAUAUAUCCAUUAUUGCGUUUAUAUUUUUUGGAAACUCUCCAGUAUUAUAUAUUUUUUUUUUUGAAAAAUCUCUUUAUACAUUACAUUCAUUAAUAAUAAAAAUUUGAAUCAACUGAAUAAAGGUUUAUGUUUCAACGAAUCACACGUAGAGAUAUUGAUAAACACACAUAAAGUUAAUUAUAUUUCAUAACUAAUCAUUUGGGCAAUAUAUGAGUUCUUUUUAAAAAUAAUUUUCUUUAUACUACAUUUAAUAAUAAUUAUUAUUUAAGAUAUCAUAUAUACAAUUAUUAAUUGGUCAAGCGUCACUUUCUACAUGUGUUAACAAAUCUCCCAUGAAUUAAAGUACCAGAUAUACAAUUAUAAACUUUUAGAAAAUUUUAUUUUAAAAUAAUCAUUAUUAAGUUUAAUAAUGGAAACGUUAACAUACUAUGUGUGAACAAAGUAUUAUUCUACAAAUUAUAUAAGCAAUUCUACUAACUAAAAUUAUCGAGAACCUAACAAAUAUGUAAAAUUUUCUAAAAUCAUGGAGAUAUUAAAAAUAAGCAAAAUCACUAUGACAUCAUAAAUUAUUUGUUAAUAGAUGCAUUGGUCAUUACUAAUUUAUAUUAUGAUAAAUUAUUGUUUAUGCUCUCAAAUUUUUUAAAUCAAGCAUCAAACUAUUUAUAUGUGAUAAAAAAAUCAUCAAAAAAUAUAUUCGUUAUUGUGUUUAAAUUUUUGGAAACUCUCACGUAUUGUAAAUAUUUUUGAAAAUAUUUAUAUACAUUAUAUUCAUUUUUUUAAAAUAGUUUAUAUAUUUAUUUAUUUUUUGCUAAAAUUUGUUGCUAAAUAGUUUAUAUUGAAUUAAAAUAUUUAUUAUUAUUAAAGAUAUCAUAUAUACAAUUAUUUAUUGGUCAAGUGUUACUUCGUACAUGUGUUAACAAAUCCUCCAUGAAUUAAAAUACCAUUUAUACAAUCAUAAACUUUUAGAUAAAUGUAGUUUUUAUUUAAAACAUUACAAAUAAGCAAAAUUAUCUAAAAUCAUGGAGAAUAUGACAAUUAAACAAGACUAACUAAAAUUAUGGAGAAUAUGUCAAAUCAACAAAUUCACUUCUCAAAUAAUAUUAUAGAUAUUAAGAGCGAGUUAAUGACAACUAUUCUGAAGUUAAUUAAAUAGAAGGGUUUAAUUCUAAAAAAAUACGAGAUAUUGUUUGAUAGCAUGACUAGGAAAUGGCCAAUUGAAUAGAAAAUGUCAACGAUCUCUUUGCUCUGUGGAUCAACUCAUUCCACGUGACAGCUCAUGCUUCAUAAUCAAAGUCUAUAGUAAAACCCAAUGAAUUUUGGUAAAUUACAUAUGAUAAACAUACCACCCUAAAAUAGUAGAUUAAAUUUAUCAUCCAUAAUUAAGAUACUCUAAGCAGAUAUAUAUGUAUGGCAUAUGAUAUGUUUUGUGUGUUUCUUUCAAUAGUUAUAUAAACACUUUUAAGUGGUGUUCGUAAAAAGGAACGUUCGAAGGAGGGAAAACAAAAAUCUAGAAAACGAGUAGUGAUGAAGGACUUUUACAAUUUCAACGUCUCUAGUACCGAUGCUUGAUAUUUCUUGUUGGCCAAGUCUCUCGAAGAAGACUCGGUCGUCGUUUUAUUCUUCUAUAAAUCAUGCCUUAAGCCCCAACUGCAUAUAUAAUCACAUAAACACACAAUCCAACAUACAUUUUAGACAUCAAUUACCAAACAAAACACUGAUAAUUUUUCUAUCUAUUUAUUUCAAGAUCGUUAUUUGUGAAUCAUUCUCAGUUUACACGAACGCAAUAAUGAACGACAAAACAUUGGUCUCUAAACCUAGCAGACCAGAAAACAUCCCCAAGCUACUGGAUUGUAAGGAGAAUCAAGGCAUGAUUCAAGAUGACGAGCGUUCUAAGCUUGAUAGCCGCAUUAAUAUCCACACGACACGCUCUCGAGGGGGCAGUCUAGUCGAGGAGGUCAUCUACAAGCUUGAGAGAUUCAAAGUACGUACGGUUAACAUCUUGGUGGGAGUAGAAGAUGACGAACAGAAAAAAUAAAGAAGUACCAAAUUUUGAAUUCAUUCAUUCAAUUCUAACCAACAAGACCUCACCUGUCCAUUGCUCUUCAUGUGCAAUGAUUUUUUUUAUUAAUCUCCUAUAUGUGGUCCUAUAAGGGCCGGGUCACCAAAAUUGUGGGCUACAUGGGUCGUUAAAGUUUAAAAGCUCAUAUAGGUCACAUAUGUUCCAAUUUUUUUUUAAUUAAUAUCUUCCAUACAUAUCAAAGGGUUCUAAUUUGUCAAUUGUUAUUGUUAAAUAAACUGUUUCUUUGGAAACAUAUGUUGUUUUAAACUAUUUUAUGUAUAGAUUCGGGUGCAUUGUGUAGUUGACAAGCGUCUCUAGUGCUUGAAAACAAAUUCAAACGUUACCAGUAUGAGAAAAUAAUCUAUAUUGAAACAUCAAA